UCCAGCCUCACCGCUCAUUCACCGUGGGCCGCUGCUUAUUACCUCCUCUACGAUCUUUGCUUUGGGGUGCUGCCUCUGCUGGUUGAUCGUAUGUGGAAGACUGGCACUGGAGAAGUCGCUGUUGCGAGCUCUAGAUUGACCAUUUUCUCUGCACAGGGUACAAUCAGAUUCGGCUUGUGGAGUCUCGCAGUUGUCAGUGGCCUGUGUGAGGGUGAAGUUCCAGCUGCUGGGUUGUGCAGGUGCUAGCAUUGGGUACACGCGCCUCCCAAUCGGAUUGCUGCAAACAGCAAGAGGGAAGGAUCUACACAUUGCGAAGGUGUGUAUGUGAAACGCAGGAGAUAUGAGUGGGUUCAGGACUUUUGCUACGACUUUGAGUGCUUCAGGGUGACUGGAAGAUAUGCGUUGUUACCAGCAUUGCAGAUGGUGAUCAUACCCAGUUGAGUGUGGGCGAAUAAAGAGGGCUGAGAUCAUCAGCUUGUAGAGGCUUUGUGUGUGCGGCGAUUCUUAAUCUGUUCCAACGAAAUGGCGGAUAGCUUCAGUGAAGGGACGUUUCCGGUCCUGGUUGACCAACUGAUCAACCUUUGGUUGAGCGUGAGGGGUCCCAUCGUGGCCCCUAUUCUCCAAUUCGCCAUCAAUGUUUGCCUAGUGAUGGUGACAAUGCUUUUCAUCGAAAGGAUUUUCAUGUGCGGAGUGAUGAUUUUCGUGAAGCUGCUCGGGCGCACACCCGAGACCCAAUUCAAAUUCGAGCCCAUUGGAGAUGAUUUGGAGCUUGCUAAUACGGCGUUUCCUAUGGUGCUGGUGCAGAUUCCUAUGUUUAACGAGCGUGAGGUGUACCAACUGUCCAUACAGGCGGCGUGUGGAUUGUCAUGGCCUGGAGACCGGAUGAUCAUUCAAGUUCUGGAUGAUUCUACGGAUCAGACCAUCAGGGAACUCGUGCAGAUGGAAUGCCAGCGAUGGGCCAGUAAAGGCAUCAAUAUUAAGUAUGAGACUCGCCCCAACCGAAAAGGGUACAAAGCCGGAGCGCUGCGACAGGGCAUGAAGCAUCCGUAUGUGAGCAUGUGCGACUACGUGGCUAUUUUCGAUGCCGACUUCCAGCCCGAGCCGGAGUUCCUGCACCGCACUGUGCCGUUCCUUGUCCACAACUCGAAUCUCGCGCUUGUCCAAGCUCGCUGGAAGUUUGUGAAUGCCAAUGAAUGUCUGAUGACAAAGAUGCAAGAGGUUUCUUUGAACUAUCACUUCUCCGUGGAGCAGAGGGUUGGGUCGGCCACUUAUGGAUUCUUCGGAUUCAAUGGCACUGCGGGAGUAUGGAGAAUCCGUGCCAUGGAAGAAGCAGGUGGCUGGAACGAUCGCACCACUGUUGAAGACAUGGACUUGGCAGUGCGUGCCAGUAUGUGUGGCUGGAAGUUCGUGUACAUCCACGACCUUGAGGUGAAAAAUGAACUGCCAAGUACAUUCAAGGCGUUCAGGUUCCAACAGCACAGGUGGUCGUGCGGUCCAGCCAAUCUUUUCCGCAAGGUGCUCCCAUCCAUCUUGAAGAACCAGAAGUUGAAAUUGUGGAAGAGGUUGCACAUGAUCUACGCCUUUUUCUUUGUGCGGAAGAUUGUGGCUCAUAUCGUGACCUUCACCUUUUAUUGUUUGGUGAUCCCUGCCUCGGUGUUGGUCCCCGAGGUCGACCUUCCAUUCUGGGGGGCUGUGUACGUUCCGUCGAUCAUCACUCUGCUCAAUGCCAUCACCACCCCCAAGUCACUGCACUUAUUGGUUUUCUGGAUUCUGUUCGAGAAUGUGAUGUCGCUGCACCGGACGAAGGCGACGAUAAUUGGUUUGUUUGACAUCGGUAACGUGAAUGAGUGGGUGGUGACUGAGAAGCUCGGAAACUUGAUGAAGUACAGGUCCGCCAAGUACGGCAAGAAAUACACUCUGCAACGCAUGGCAAGCAAUGUGCUGGCCAGGGGGUGGAGGAUGUCUGAGAGGAUGCACAUUUUGGAGUUGUGGACAGGAGGCUUCCUGAUGUUCUGCGCAGCAUACGAUUUUUACUUCCAGGGCAAGAACCAUUUCUACGUGUAUCUGUUUUUGCAAUCUUUCGCAUUUAUUAUCAUGGGUCUUGGCUACGUGGGUACUUUCGUCCCACAAUAUUCAUAGAUAGAUCCAAAACGAGAUCGUCGAAACCAUAUCCAAUUUUCCAAGCAUCAAUCGGGUGUGUGAGGUGUGCUGCACCAUGCAGGUGACUAGCUUAGUAGAUAUAAAUUUGUGGGUGGCCCUGCCACGGCAACCCUGUAAGAUAAAUAGAGCCUUCAAUAAAACCACUACCAGAAGUUCAAAUGCAAGUCAACUUCUCUGCGUUGAACUCGAAUUUAGUUGCCUGCGUUGUGCAGCUGUAAGAGCAUUCUUGUAAAGGUUAGUGGAUUGAGUUAAGGAUGAUUCAAUCAUCUUACUGAUACACGUAUUGGCAGAGUGGUUAAGGUACUGCUUACACUUGAAUCUUCUACAGAUAUUGGAGGGUAGGUUUCGGACCAGUAUUAUAGGGUUUUGCAGCUUGUGGAGGAAGCCGCAUGUGAAAAUGUCAGGGCAACCCCCAAAAAAAAAAUUCAAGAAAAAAGAGCGGAACUCACUUGAGAGACCGACCAAAUUUGACCAGCUAUUCGAGUGCAAUACGUCUGACUACAGCACAGAGUGCGUAAGCACUUAAAAAUCUCUUAUCACCGAAGUGGACUAACCUGGAAGACAUCAGCUACAGAUCAUUGGAUACAGCUCAUUGGUGGAAUUUCUCUGCCAGCCAUGGUUUUCAUGCUGCACUCACUUCUACAACCUUGUGUACAAUUGUUGCAACUUUUGAAAAUCCAAGACCAUCCCAUCAGUGGCACAUUGCUACUGCUGCCUCCUUGCAAUUGGCAAAAGUGGCAGAUGAAGGAUAAUUAUUA